UUUGUUCCAUUUUGAAAUAAAGAAAAAUAUUAUAUGGAUGGGGGUAUUAAGGUUCCCAGAGGAAAAAAUAGAAGAUAUCCCUUGUCUUGUUAGCAAUGAAGCAGAGCUAUUAGAAUUUAUUGACAAGAUUUAUCAUUAUUUAGAAGAUCCUAGAGAUGAAAUUGAAGAGAAUUUCCAUGUAAGAAAAUUACUUCUGAUGGGUAAUAAAGAUCUUGAAGAAUUUCUAAGGUUUAUGAAUAGUCCUAGCAAUCCCCUCAACUAUGAAAAAUGCACAUCAUCAGAGGAGGAAGAAGAGGAGCUUGAUCCAAGAACUUUUUUCAAGGCUCUGACUUUUCUGGAGUGAACCCCUAUUACAAUGAGGCUGGUGACUACAUAAGUCCAGUGAAGGGAAAAGCAAAAGUUGAUGUUGGUGAAAAAGCUAGUGAUAUGGAGGAAGAUAAAAACAAUGAGAAGGAUCCAUGAAAUUCUUAAACUUAUUAUGUUUCACUUGGUUUAGAAACUUAGAUUGUGGUUUGAACUCUUAGAUUAUGUUUUGAACUCCUAAAUUGUGGUUUUAGACUUGUUAAACUUAUGUUAA